AUGGCCAACUCCAAGAACCACACCACACACAACCAGUCCCGAAAGUGGCACAGAAAUGGCAUCAAGAAACCAAGAUCACAAAGAUAUGAAUCUCUCAAGGGGGUGGAUUCCAAGUUCCUGAAGAACAUGUGCUUUGUCAAGAAGCAUAAUAAGACAUUAUUCUUAAAGAUGCAGGCCAAUAAUGCCAAGGCCAUCAGUGCACACACUGAAGCUAUCAAGGCCCUUGUAAAGCCCAAGGAGGUUAAGACCAAGAUUCCAAAGCGUGUCAGCUGUAAACUCAGUCAACUUGCCUAUAUUGCCCACCCCAAGCUUGGGAAGCAUGUUUGUGGACACAGUGCCAAGGGUCUCAGGCUCUGUCAGCCAAAGGCCAAGAAUCAGAGGAAGGCCCAAUCUGCAGCUUCAGUCCUAGCUCAGGCUCCCAAAGAUGCCCAGCCCCCCACGAAGGCAGAAGAGUAG